AUGAAAGAUUUAAGUAAAGUAAAGUAUACACAAGAUGUUAGCUUUAGAGAGAAAAAGAAACAGAUAAGCAAAAAUAAGUACUGUUUAAAUGUCAGCUACAAACAGAAGAAAAAAAUUAGUAGUGUAAGGAAGUACCAAAGUAAUCCACAGUUUCAGGAGAGUGUUAGAGCAGGGAGCAAAGUGAAAAGGCAGCUAUUGAAAGACCAGGCAGUAGAUUUUGAUUAUGUGAUGGAGCAGUUUCUGUCUAAAGUUACAGAUGGACCACAUUUUGUGUGUUCUGUUUGUCAAAGGUUGUUGUUUAAAAAGCAGGUUUUGAAUUGUAAAAUAAGUAAUUAUAACAAGAGUGCAGACAUGGCGUUAAUUGCGGAGAAAUGUAUUUCAGAGGAGUAUUUACAUAAAUGUAAUGAGAACUGUGCAACUUCAUGUCAGUUGUUGGAUUCCCCUAGGGGACACUUGUGGAUUUGUUAUAAUUGUAAUUCUAAGAUAAAUAGAGAAGAGAUUCCUCCUGAGUGUGUUGUCAAUAAUUUAGGUGUCCAUGCUGUGCCUCCUGAAUUGGCUUGUUUAAAUAGUUUAGAGCAACAUUUGAUUGCAUUGCAUAUCCCAUUUAUGAAGGUUUUGGCAUUGCCUAAAGGAGGACAAAAUGGUGUUCAUGGACCGGUGACGUGUGUUCCAGCAAAUAUUGUAGAGACAAAUAAUUUGCUUCCUCGUUCCAAUAUGGAGGGGUCUUUGUUGCGUGUCAAACUGAAGCGAAAGCUAACAUACAAAGGACAUUAUGAGUAUCAAUUUGUUGACCCAAUGCGCAUAAGGCAGGCUUUGUUGUAUUUAAAACAGAAUAACAUGUAUUAUAAAGAUGUAGAUUUUAAUGAAGACUGGUUGAAUGAGUUUUGUCGGGAACAAGAGCUUGAGAGUUUAACACAGGAAAGUGAUGGUAAUUUAGAAAAUAAUGAAACACCUACUGAGGUGGAUGAAUGUGAGGAUGAGCUGUUGCAUGACAGGCAGCAACACUGUAUGUUUCAGGACACUUGUCUUAUGCCUUUAGAUAUUGGUCAAGAAGCGCUAGAUCAGUAUUUUGAGGGUGUUUUGAAUGUGGCUCCAGCAGAAGGUAACAACCCUGUGAAGUUACUUUCUAAUCGAGAAAAUGAAGCGAAGUGUUUUCCAGUGUUGUUUCCACAGGGACAUUCUGUGUUUCAUGACAAUAGAGAGCAUCGUUUGACCUUGUCGCGUUAUCUUAAUAACCGCAUUCUCCAUGCUGAUGGCAGGUUUGCUCAGAAUGUGGAGUAUAUAUUUUUCGCACAGUACAUGUCAGAAUUGGAGCAGGUUGUGUCAAAUUUGUCCAUAGCUUUGAGGAAAGGUAAAGGAAGUCAUGUUCCUAGGAGAGUUAGGGAUUUGGUGAAUAAUGAGGAGUCUUUAAGGAAGUUGUUAGAGUUUGAUGAUGGUUAUCGUUUCCUUAAGCCUAUUAGAGGCACUCCUUCAUUUUGGCAGGUAGCGCAGCGUGAUUUACUUGCUUGUGUGCGUCAGCUUGGUGUACCCACUUGGUUUUGUUCAUUUUCUGCAGCAGACAUGCGUUGGACUAACCUACUUGGUAGUAUUUUGAAACAGGAAGGGAGAGAACAGACAGCUGAGGAGUUAGAGUGGGCAGACAAAUGCGAGUUGUUGCGUCGUAAUCCUGUAACUGCAGCUAGAAUGUUUGAUUUUCGAUGGCAUUGUUUUUUGAGGGAAGUCCUUAUGUCUCCCUCAAACCCAAUAGGUAAAAUCAAGGACUAUUUUUAUCGUGUUGAAUUUCAGCAGCGCGGGUCUCCACAUGUUCAUUGCCUGUUUUGGAUCGAGAAUGCUCCCUUAAUUGACAAAAACACAGAUCAAGAGGUUGUUGAGUUUAUUGACAAAUAUGUCACAUGUGAACUACCCUCUGAUGAUGAUACAUUAUUGGACAUUGUGUCAUCUGUGCAGGUGCAUUCAAAGCGCCACUCAAAAACAUGUAAAAAGAAAAACACAGUUUGUCGUUUCAAUUUUCCAAGACCAGCAUCUGCACAAACAUUUAUUAGUCGUCUCAAAGUAGAUGAGGAGAUAGUAGAAUGUAGUUGUAAAAAAACUGAUUCAACAGAGACUGUGUGUUUCAAUUGUAAAGAGAGUGAUUUUAAAGAAAGAAAGGCGCGUAAAGUAAGGGCUCAUGACAUUUUGGAAGCAAUUAAGAAAGCACUCUCUGAUGAAAAUCAGAACUUUGAUACAGUGGAGCAGUUGUUUGAAAGUUUAAAUGUAACUCAGGAAGCAUUUGAAGAUGCAUUCAAUCGAACAACUACAGGUACAAAAGUAGUGUUAAAGAGGCAGGUGAAAGAGGCUUGGGUUAACCAAUAUAGUAAGCAACUUUUGAAGUGUUGGAAUGCAAAUUUGGACAUCCAGUAUGUGGUGGAUGCCUAUGCAUGUGUUGUGUAUAUCAUUUCAUACAUUUCAAAGGCAGAAAAGGAAAUGGGGUUGUUAUUAUCAAAUGCCCAAAGGGAAGCAGCUAAAGAUGGUAAUGUUAGUGCUAAAGAGGCUUUGAAAAAACUAGGUGGUGUUUAUUUACACAACAGGGAUGUGUGUGCUCAGGAAGCAGUGUAUAGGUUGACUAACAUGCAUCUGAAGGAGUGUUCUAGAAAGGUCAUGUUUGUACCAACAGGGGAGAAUAUAGUAAAGAUGAGUUUGCCUUUACAUGUGUUAAAACAAAGGGCAACAACAGAUGAUAUUAACACAGAAGAGAUGUGGAUGACCAGUUUGGUUGACAGAUAUAAGAACAGGCCCAGUGAUAGCAUAUUUAAUGACAUGUGUAUUGUAACAUUUGCUUCAGAGUAUCGUGUCGUAAGUAAAAAUGAAAACUGCAAAACUAAAAUUGCUUUGAGCAACAAUUGUGGUUUUGUCACAAAGAGAGUCAGAACACAACCUGCUGUAGUGCGUUAUGCUCGGUUCUCUGAAACAAAAAAUCCAGAAUUGUUUCAUUUGAGUAGAUUGCAGUUGUUCAUGCCAUAUCGUGUUGAUGAUCAGUUAAAACCAGAGGGUUUUGAAACGUUCCAACAGUUUUAUGACAAUGGUAAUGUUUUGUUUUGUGAUGGAUCUGUACAUACAGUAAAGUCAGUUGUUGAUGUGAAUAGGAGCAGGUUUGAAGUAGACGCAGACAUGUUGGAAAACAUCCAGAAUAGGAUUAAUGUUGAUGGUGUGGAAGAAGAUGCGUGGUGUCAGUUGUGUCCAGAGCAGGAGUUGGAACGUUUGGAGGCUGUGGAGGAAAUGGCAGAGAGACAGGAAGCAGUGGCAGAACACCAGGAUCAUAUUCCAGAUUUAGCUGUAACUCGUGAACAGGUACAACAUUUGGAGCAAAGGAAUAAUGUAAUGUGUAGGAGUGAUGGUUUGUUGUUGGUUAGAUCUUUAAAUGAUACACAGAUGCAUGUUUUUUAUCAGAUUCGGCAGUGGUGUUUAAACAAGGUCUCAGGGAAAAAUCCACCUCCUCUACAUGUUUUUGUUACAGGUGGUGCUGGAACUGGUAAAAGUCAUUUAAUUAAAGCCAUUCAGUACGAGUCCAUUCGGUUGUUAUCACCCUUGUGCAGUAAUCCUGACAAUGUCAGUGUUUUAAUAACAGCACCAACAGGUAUUGCUGCAUACAAUCUGAAUGCAGCAACAAUUCACCACACAUUCAGUAUUGGAGUAGAUGUACGCUUACCGUACACUCCACUGGGUGAGGAAAAAAUUAAUUCUCUUCGGGCAAAAUUCAGUGAUCUGCACAUUUUGAUAAUAGAUGAAAUUUCAAUGGUAAAUCCCAAUCUUUUGGCAUAUGUUCACGGUAGAUUACGUCAAAUGAAACAAAGUGGCAACAAGCCAUUUGGAAACAUUUGUGUUAUUGCUGUUGGAGAUUUUUACCAGUUACCUCCAGUAAAAGGAAAACCCCUGUAUUUAGAGGAUUUGAAUAUUGACUUGUGGUCUUUGUUUUCAGUUGUGCAGUUGACAGAAGUAGUCAGGCAGACAGACAGUGUGUUUUCAAAGUUGUUGAACAGGGUUAGGAUUCAUAGAAAAGGGACACCAAUGUUGAAAAGUGAUGUUGAGAUUUUGAAAUGUUGUGAAACUGGUGAAGUCAGCUCAGCUUUACACAUAUAUGCGACAAAUCAACAAGUAAAUGAGCACAAUAUUCAGAGGUUGUAUGCUGUGUGUCCUGACUAUGUCACUAUUGAAGCUCAGGAUUUUCAAAACGAUAGGAGAACAGGAAAACUAAAGUUAAUUGAUGGCCAUCAUGCUAAAGCUAAAAAUACGUAUUUGUCUGAGCGAUUGUUGUUAGGUGAGGGUGCACGGGUGAUGUUGUGUCAAAAUGUUGAUGUGAGUGAUGGCCUGGUGAAUGGAGCAUGUGGUGUUGUAACACGGAUAGUACAAUCAGAGGGUGUUAAGUUUCCAAAAAUGGUUUAUGUGAAAUUUAAUGAUGAGAAUGUAGGUGCAGAGAGGAGGAGACAGUCACCAAGUGUUGUAGCUGAUUUAGUGGGUUCUACAGCUAUUGCUCCAGAGGAGGAGAGAGCUUGUAGAAAAGGCGGCCUGAGACGUCAAUAUCCACUUAAAUUAGCAUGGGCGUGUACAAUCCACAAAGUUCAGGGCAUCACAGUAGAUGAUGUUGUUGUGUGUUUUGACAAGAUAUUUGCAGCUGGACAGGCAUAUGUUGCUUUAAGUCGAGUCAGGAGUUUGUCAGGCUUGAUCAUUGAAAAGUUUGAUGAGAAGAAGAUUUAUUGCAGGGGUGACAUUAAUGAUGCUAUUCAGACAAUGUCUCCAUUCUUAGUUGAUAGUUUGACAAAGCAGCGAUUGAGUGCAUGCAGGUUUAGUGCUUAUUUGCUGAAUGUGCAGGGUUUGACUCGACAUGUGCCAGAUUUGGUGCUGUGUACACUUCAGUUACAGCUUAACUGUAUUGCUGUAACUGAAACUUGGUUAGCUGCAUCAUCUUCUAUUGAUUCAGUAAACAUUGAGGGUUAUAGUUUUCAUGGUUGUUCACGCAGUUCAUGCUACAGUAGUGAUGACCCCAGAUUGGUUGCAUUAAAAGAUCAACAACAUGGUGGUGUAGGUGUUUAUAUUACACCAAACACAGGAUGUGAGAUAAUAGAAGUCCCUUCGUUUAAUUUGGAGUGCAUAGUGUCUAAAUUUGCUACACACCAGCUAGUUAUUGCAGUGUUAUAUCGACCACCAUGUUAUCCCAUGGCCUUAUUUAAAGAACAUUUAGGCACAUUUCUUGACUGGCUAGAUUCACCAAAUGAAACUAUUGCAGUCAUGGGUGAUUUUAAUGAUGAUAUUUUGAAAUCAUCAACAAUAUCUACACUUUUAACAGAAAAAGGUUUUGUUCAAAUUGUAACUGAUCCAACAACAGAGAAGGGUACUUUAAUUGAUCACAUUUACAUUAAGCAAGCAGAUAAUGGGGCAGAAUCACUAGUGCUGCCUACAUACUUUAGUGAUCAUGAGGCAGUCCUGUGUUUAUUUAAGUGAUGGCAGUUUAUGUCACCACAUUGUGGAUGCUUGAUCCAACCUGACAACUGUAAUAAUCAAUGUUUGAGUAGUUUUUUUAGUAUGUGAUGGUUAAUUUGUUCCUUGACAUCUGUUACUAAAUAGUGAAUUUAAAUGUGUGAAAUGUGUCAUUGCUCCAUAUGAAUUUGCUAUUGUAUUUGUAGUAUUA